AUGAUUAGAAAAUUAUUUUUUUUAAAUAUAUUAUUAUUUACAAUAUUUUCUUUUAUAUAUUGUGAAAGUUUAAGACCAAAUAAUGUUGCUAUUAAUGAAAAAUUAAAACAUAUUGAGGUAGAUUCUUCAUGGUUAGAUAAAAAAGGAAAAAAAAUAGAAAAGGUUGUAUUAGAUGCCAAUGAUGCUGAAAGAGUUAUUUUAAAUUUACUAACUGAAAAUAAACAAUUAUCUGCCUCAGCACAUGGAAAUGUUGCUGCGGCUGAAACAUCAGAUGGUCAAAGAGCACAAGUACAAAAAUUAGGUGAUAAAGGUGGUAUUGCUACUGUUGAUGGUCAUAAAGGUCAAAUUAAAUUUAAAGAUGAUGAAGAAGGAAAACAUGCUUUAUUAAAAGCUGAUAAUAAAUAUGAUUUAGAUACUGUAGCUAUUGGUGAUAUGAAAACAGUUGAAGGAACAAGAUUUAAAGCUACAAAUGAUAGAUUUGAUUUUAAUAUUAAUCCUAAUACAAUGGAUAAAAAUGGUGGUGAUGGUAUUUUAGGGUUUAAUGAUAAAGAAAAAGAUAAAAAGGGUAAUUAUGCUUAUACUAUUAAACAAAAUGGUAAAAAAACUGAAGCAGAAAUAACUUCACAAAGUUUAGGAGAUAAAGAUGGUUUUUUAAACACUCUUUUUAAUAGACGUUCAGACAAAUAUAGAUGUGUUGCUGAGACACCAGGAAUAUCACAAUGUUAUGAUGAAAAAGGUCGAAGUGUUGGAAAAGUUGUUGCUGAUAAAAGUGGCAAUACUAUUGUAUAUAAUGAUAAAGAUGUUCCAAUUGGUACUGGUACUAUUAAAAAAAUUAAUGAUAGAUCAUAUGAAGCAGCAAUAUCAAAAAAUCUUUUUAUAGCACGUCUUAAAAAUGCUAGAAUUCAAAAAUGUUGUAAAGAAAUUAGUGGUAAAGAUUGUGUUGCACCAUUAAAGUUAUCUAAACCAAAAUUUUCACAUCCAAGUAGAACUGAUGAAAAUGGUACAAAACAUUUAACAUGGCCAGAUUGUUUUGAUAUGAGUGUUGAUGUUACAUUACCUAAAGGUGUUCAUAUUGAUAGAUUAGCUAUGAAAUUAGAUGUUAAUAUUCAACCAAUAGGUAAAUUAAGAUGUAUGGAUGUUGCAACAUGUGGUAGAGAAUGUUUUUAUUGUGAUUGGUGUAAAGAAUCAAGAAAAUUAAAAUUACUUGAAAAUACUGAUGGUAAUUUAUGUAGAGCAACUGAAGAAAGAACAUAUAGAUUGACUGUAAAAUUAUGUCCACCUCCAGAAGAUCCAAAUUUUACAACAUGUACUGCUUUUUCAAAAUCUGUAUGGCAAAAAGAUUAUUGGCAAAAAGAAGGUGCUGUAGAUGUAUGGAUGAAAUUUUAUGAAAGAGGUAGUAAUAGAGGAGAACUGGAGGAUGAAUUUUUUGCACAAAUUGAUAAUCCAAUUCUUGGUAAAGCAUUUAAAUUAGCUAUUAUUGCUGAAUGGUUAGCAGCAAACUCACUUGAUCAAGGUUCAUAUACACCAAGUAAUGCUGAAUUAUUAGAAUAUUGGGUUAGUAAAAGAAAUCCAGAUACAUUAUUAUCAUGUGAGCAUGCUGUUGUUGAUUAUGAAAUUGAAGGAGCAAAAGUUAAAAGUAAUCUUUUAUUUGAAGCAGCAACCACAGCAGGAAAUAUUCCUAAUAUUUUAAAAGACAAAAAAUGUAGUAAGUUUGAAGAAUUUCAAGAAAAUAGAUUUCAAGAAGAGGCUAAAAGUCAUAAACAACGAACAGGAGGUGGAUCCAUACUUUCUGGAUUGGGAAAUUUAUUUAAAAAUCGUGGUUAA